UCAGAUAGAACGUGGCAGAUCUGGCCAUAAACCUGACUUCAAGAUGUCAGAGGAAGAAGAUUCUUUCCUGAAUGUUAAAAGAUCUCUGAAAAAGAGAAUGGUGAAACACAGCACUCCAGUGGACUCAAUGUUUUCAAGAACAAUGCCAUCUCUUACAGAUCUGACAAAUCAGUCAACCAAGGACCAAGAUGCCAGUAAGAGAGUUUAUGGAUCUCCAGUGCCAAAAUCAAAUCUAAGUAGACCGUUAGCUCAAGUAUCAUUAGUACGUGUUGAAGCAUACAUCCCUCAUACAUCCCCAAAAAGGCUUUCAACAGUGUUUGACUCACAAGAAUUAAACAAAGAGAUAAGCCAAAGCUCUCAGGCUGUAUUUUCUAGAAGGAGGCUUUCCACGGUGUUGGCCUCUGAUGAAUCAAAUGAAGAGCCAAGCGACAAGGUUGUUCCAAACGUGGAAACUCAAGCUCCCACCAAAGCAUCUGAGGAGGCUGCAGUAACUCCCAAGAGUGGACCUUCAUGGCUUGUUACUGGAAUACCAGGGAUAAAAGAUCUCCCGAUAGUAAAAACCAGAAAGAAGAAAAUUGAUAAAGCUCUUGUGAGGAAGAAACAAAGAGAAUGGGUGCUUCGUCAACUUAAAAACAUUGAGGAAGCAACUGAACACGAACUGACAAUUGAAGAAGCUUGAUUGAACUACCUAUGAAUUAGUGCUAUCACAUCCUUCUUGUGGGAAUAGCUGGUUCCAAUAAAUCACACACUUGACUAUAGUGCCUGUUAGACUUCCUCUUUCCUUCCAAAAUGUUCUUUUUUGGUUUUGUUUGUUUGUUUGUUUUGUGAUUCUUUUUGCCUCUUAAAUCUAGGAGGAGUCGGGUACAAAUCAAGAAGUGCCUCUA